UCCAUACGAUAAACGUUUACAGUAGAGAUUUUUGUUGUUUAUUUCGUUGGCGUAAUUUUUGUUUUAAAAAUUAAUUCUUUUAGACCAAAAUAUAAUGUCCGAUGAUGACGAUAUCCAAUACAUCAAACGCCAACGUACCCUACACUAUGGUUCGCUUGAAGAAACAGAACGAAAGCGUCAAACGAACGCGGCGUCUCUGGCCGGCACAACGCCGGCUGCAACAACAACAGCAGCGAGCACAACAACAACAGCAACUGCCGGGCAGCUCGAAGACAUCGAAUCUGACGAAGACUAUGAGGAAACGAAUAAGAAGUCCAGUAGCACAAAGGGUUUGCCUCCACCCACUGCUGCAUCGCUAGCUAACAAAAUCGAUGAUGAUUAUUUUGAUCUGGAGACGGAAAUGGAGCGCGACAAAGUUGCGUUGCUCGAGGAGUUUGAACGCAAGAAACGUGCACGUCAAAUCAAUGUGUCCACUGACGACGCUGAGAUCAAGAACAAUUUGCGACAGUUAAAUGAGCCAAUCUGCUACUUUGGUGAGGGGCCCGCGGAGCGACGACGUCGCCUAAAGGAGCUGCUCGCCAGUCUAGGUGAGAAUGCGAUCCAUAAAAAGCAGAGCGAAGAGGAGGAGCGCAAGACACAACAGCGAGAGCAGGAGGCUACCUGGUAUCACGAGGGUCCUGACACAUUACGUGUGGCACGUCUAUGGAUCGCCGACUACUCCUUGCCACGUGCUCGCGAGCGCCUGGAGCGCGCUAAGGAGGCACUGGAGGUGCCCAGUGCUACGCGGGCUGGUCGCAUGGUCGAAAUGCAAAAGAAGCUACAAUCUCUGGCGCCGCUUUGCUCCCAAGUGGGUGACACGCGUCCCGUGAGCAGCGCUGCCUUCAACGAAGACUCGACGCUGCUGAUGACGGCCUCGUGGUCGGGCCUUUGCAAGCUGUGGAGUGUGCCCGACUGUGAGCUGAAGCAAACGCUGCGUGGUCAUGCCAGCUACGUGGGCGGCGUCGCACUGCGUCCGGGAGUCAAGGCGGACGAGGAGAAUGUAGUAGCCAUGGCCUCGGGUGGACACGAUGGCGCUGUCAAGUUGUGGGGCUUUGGCAAUGAGGAGUCAAUUGCUGAUAUUACUGGUCAUAUGCCGCAUCGCGUCUCCAAAGUGGCGUUUCAUCCGUCGGGUCGCUUUCUGGCCACUGCUUGCUACGACUCUUCGUGGCGUCUUUGGGAUCUGGAGCAAAAGACCGAGGUACUGCAUCAGGAGGGUCACGCCAAGCCGGUGCACUGUCUCAGUUAUCAAUCCGAUGGCAGCGUCCUGGUUACUGGCGGAUUGGAUGCCUUUGGUCGAGUUUGGGAUCUGCGCACUGGACGCUGCAUCAUGUUUCUUGAGGGCCAUUUGGGUGCCAUUUUUGGUGCAGACUUUUCACCGAACGGAUUUCAUAUUGCAACCGGAUCGCAGGACAAUACAUGCAAGAUCUGGGAUUUGAGGCGUCGUCAGCCGGUUUAUACGAUUCCUGCACACACAAAUCUGAUUUCGGAUGUCAAAUAUCAGCAAGAUGGUGGCAGCUUUUUGGUCACAUGCUCCUACGAUUCGACCACAAAGAUCUGGUCGAACAAAACGUGGCAACCGCUAAAGACGCUGCAAGGACAUGAUAACAAGGUCAUCUCCGUUGAUGUCUCUCCCAAUUCACAGUAUAUAGCGACGACUUCGUUCGAUCGCACAUUCAAACUGUGGUCACCUGAUAGUUGAUGAUCACGCUGAUCACUCAAAUUCUAUUCAAAUUUCCAUCUACAUCGACAUUGGCGGCUUAUAGCCUCCGAUCUGUUAUAAGCUCAUCUUUUGUAUUUUUAUUGUUUUCGUUAAAUCACAGACAAUAGCCCAAACGUUUUUUACCAUUUUCACAUAUUUUCCGUUUUUGUAAUGCAAUUUGUUAAUUUAGUUAGGCGAAACAAUGCAUUUCGUAAAAUUAAGAACUUUGUAUAGAAAUUGUUAAUU